GACCCCCAGGCGGAGCGGCGGGUGCCGGACCCCCAGGCGGAGCGACAGGUCUCGGGCCCUCAGGCGACAGCGGCGGGCGCCGGACCCCCAGGCGGCGGAGCGACAGGUCAUGGGCCCUCAGGCGGAGCGGCGGGCGCCGAACCCCCAGGCGGAGCGACAGGUCUCGGGCCCUCAGGCGGAGCGGCGGGCGCCGGACCCCCAGGCGGAGCGACGGGUCUCGGGCCCUCAGGCGGAGCGACGGGUCUCGGGCCCCCAGGCGGGGCGGCGGGUGCCGGACCCCCAGGCGGAGCGACAGGUCUCGGGCCCCCAGGCGAAGCGGCGGGCACCGAGUCACCAGGCACGACAGUGGGCUCCGAGUCAAUUGGCAUGACCGCUGGCACUGGGUCAGACAUUGGAUCGUCUGACUGGACAGCGGGCAUCGGGUCACCAGGCAUCAGGUCAUUUGGCUCGACAGCGGGCACCGCGUCAUCUGGCAAGGCAGUGGGCUCUGAGUCAACAGGCACGACAGCGGGCACUGGGUCAUCAGGUACCGGAUUGUCUGGCUCGACAGCGGGCAUCGGGUCACCAGGCAUCAGGUCAUUUGGCUUGCCAGCGGGCACCGCGUCAUCUGGCAAGGCAGUGGGCACCGGGUCACCAGGCAUUGGAUCGUCUGGCUCGACAGCGGGCAUCGGGUCACCAGGUAUGACAGCGGGCACUGGGUCACCAGGCAUCAGGUCAUUUGGCUCGCCAGUGGGCACGCGUCAUCUGGCAAGGCAUGUGGGCACCGAGUCACCAGGU